AUGUCCGAUCUUGUCCGCGUCGUCCCCGGCUUCAGCCCGCUGAACCGACUCCUCCUAUACAUCAGCAUGAUGCUCUCGCCAGCACAGUUCGCGGCUGGACUAGGCGCCAACUGCCCGAGCAACAUCGGGUUCCUGGCAUACAACUGGUACACACAAAUCCAAUGGUACCACGCGGCGCGGAGCAACCAACUCCACGCCCUCUCGCUGCUGAUGUCGCAGUUCAACUUCUGCUACACGCUGACGUACCUCGGCGGCGUGAGUUCGGGCAACAUGGUGUCGGCGGUCAUCGUGGGCUUCGGCACCGCCGGCGUCAUGGUGCUGAACAACGCCGUCGCCUGGGUCAGUUGGUCGACGGCACAGGUGCAGGGUUAUGGCGUGUAUGAGUUCUGGUUCGUGGGCUGGAGGACCCUCAGUCCACAUUGGCAUCGCUGGUUCCUGCUCAUCCAGCUCGUCGAUACCUUGUCGUUGCUGGGCUCGGUCGUCUUUGCCGUCACGAUUGCGUUUCGCACCGCGGCUGCCACGAAGGAUAAGGCGCUCGUGUGGUGGUAUCGCUAUCAGAUGGUUUUUGCCGGUGGCGUCGGUGUGCUGCUUUCCAUAUGGCCUAUCAUCCUGUGGACGGAGCUGAUCAUCGCGAGGAACCAUAUCAUGUCUGACACCGAUGGCACGGCCGUGUGGCUUUUUGUUGUGCAGGUCGUGGCCAUGUUGGCGCCCCCGUGCUUUGGUUGCUGUGCGAGGCGGGAGAAGGUUCGGAGUCCGUCAAAGACGGUUGUUGACCGUGCGACGGAAUUCACUACGCUUGUGGAGAGCUAUCAAGAUGCCCUUCCGGAAGAACAGCAAGCGCCGGCUGAUGUGCCCGCUGUCGCUGAGCCGUGA